UUUGAAUUUCCCGCCUCAUUUGACUUCGGUGGUAGGUCACUGUUGAUGUUCGGGCAAGUCAGAUGUUUGUAGUAAGUGCGCAUAACCUCAAAAUGUCCGAACAGAUAAGAUCGAAUGCAGAGUAUAAUCGAAGAGCGGCGAUAAUUGAAGGCUUUCGCGCUGGGCGUUCGCGGACCAAAAUUAUUCGGUUCUUCGGGUACCCGAGAUCGACCGUAUAUGACGUUGCGGCUAAAUAUUUGGCUUCGGAGACGUCCGAAAAAGGUUCUGCCAACCCGACAAGGAAGAGCCAUUCGAAAGAAAAGUCAGUAAGGACUCCAGCAAUUAUCGAAAGAGCUCAAGAGCUCAUCUCAGAGGACCCAGGGCUGUCUCUAACGAAAUUGGCCAAAACAUUGGGUGUGAGUGACACUACAAUGCGUCGAAUUGCUGAAGAGGACCUACGCUUCAAGUCCUAUGUAAUAAAAGCCAGCGCACACGAGUCACUUAGUGCAAAACUGGCUGUCGGAUAAAAUGGACAUGUUUUGGUCAAAGGAAUUUUGGCCUCCGAACAGUCCAGAUUUGAAUCCGUUGGACUAUUACGUGUGGAGCGUCAUUGAACGAGUGACCAACAAGUCGAGACAUCCCAAUGUGACAUCUCUCCAAACCGCUAUCGAAGCAGCAUUCGCCAAUAUAGACAAGGACGCGUUGCAGAGAGCGUGCCAGCGCUUCAGGAUGAGGAUCGAAGCAGUCAUCAAAGCAAAAGGGGGUUAUAUAGAGUAAUUUUACUCUAAAAGG